AACCCCGCUGCAACUCCUUCCUUGACGAUCAAUCCCUCAUACGUUUUUCAUAUCGUACCCUUUUUACUCAGCACUACCACAUCCAUAUCAACCAUAUCCAUAUGGCACAUGGUGACUUAUUCGAAACCUUACCAGACCCUCUUAUUUGCAUCAUCAUCUCCUUCUUGACCUUCAAAGAAGCAGCAAGAACCAGCAUUCUGGCCAAGCGCUGGCGUCACCUUUGGCGUUCAACCAAAACGAUCGAAUUCAACGAGCGCUUCUUCAUCAAACCUGCAGAUCCACAAGAGACAAGAGAGAACCAGAGAAGCAACUUCAUCGAUUUCGCGACGCAAUGGAUCAAAAGCUACAAAGACAACUCCAGUAUAAACCAUUUCUCUCUCACCAUUUCCAACCCAAAAGAUCAGCUGUCCCUUCCGCUUUUGGACAAGAGCAUUCCAUUCUCACUUUCUCGAAAGGCCAAAUCCCUCCGUCUGGAUUUUACAGAUCCAGCUUGGGAACAACAACAACAACAACAGCAACAAGACCACUUGGACAACCAUCCUCUAGAGGCAAUCGAUUUGCCUUCGAAUGUGUACGAGCACAGAGCUCUAGAAUCUCUGGAGUUGUUCUCCUGCAAAUUCGAUAUGUCUGAGCUGGUGAAGCUGCGCAACCUGAAACAUGUGUCUUUGGGAUGGGUUAGACUGUUGCUGUCUUCUCUCAAGGCCCUGUUGUCCAACUGUGUUCUGUUGGAGAGUUUGAGCCUUGUUAGAUGCUGGGACAUCGAUCAUGUUCAGGUUAAAGGGACCAGAGGCAGAAACUUGAAGCUCAAAAGUUUGGUCAUCGAAAAUUGCGAUUUCAACGAGAACUGGUUGGAAAUCGAGGCUCCCAGGCUUAAAUAUCUGAAAUAUAAUGGGAUGGUGAGCAGCUAUUUUGAUGUACAAGUUGCUGUUGAUAUGGAAGAGGCUGAUCUCGAUUUUAGGCACUAUGAUGGACAGGCCAUUCUUGGACUUGGAGAUGUUCUUUUGAGACUUCUCAACCUUCUUAACCCAACGAAAUUGACUCUUUGCAGUUAUUUCCUUCAGGUAUAAAUUUACUAACUUUUUGCUUUUAUAAUUUCCUUUUCGAAAUUGAAUUAUCAUAUUUAUAUAUAUAAAUAUAUAU